AGACAUAAGGGGAGGGGGAGAUAGAAAAAAAAGAAAAACAGCCGGAGGGGGAGAGAGAAAAAAGAGAAACAACAUUAUCUGGUUUCUACUGUGGGCUUUGCCUUGCCGAGGGGCUCCACUGCUACUUUGUGAAGACAGUGCCCUCUUCAACAGUGGUGUGUGGAGCAGUGUGUGAGUGUGUGUGUGUAUGAGAGAGAGCCGUAGGAGGCCCCCACCAGUCUGCAGACAUGUCGGACCCCCGGGACAUAGACGAGGAUGCGCUCCUCAAGGGCCUCAGCCCACAGGAGCUGGAGCAACUGGAGUUUGAACUACAGGAUUUGGAUCCAGAGAACGCCAUGCUGCCAGCCGGCUACCGCCAGCGUGACCAGACUAAGAAAAACCCGACAGGACAGUUUGACCGUGACGCCCUGAUGGACCACCUGGAGAAGCAGGCUCUGGAGCAUGCAGACAGGGACGACCUAGUGCCCUUCACUGGAGAGAAGAAAGGGAAGACCUUUGUGCCUAAGCCAGGUUCAGGAAAAAUCCCUGAUAGUGAACAGAUCACCCUAGAACCAGAGCUGGAGGAGGCUCUGAAGAAUGCCACUGAUGCCGAGAUGUGUGACAUCGCAGCCAUCCUGGGAAUGUACACAUUGAUGAGUAACAAGCAGUACUACGAUGCCCUGGGCACGACAGGCACCAUCGCCAACACAGAGGGAAUCAACAGCGUAGUUAAACCAGACCCGUUCAAGAUCUUCCCGGAAGAGCCCCCCAACACCACCGAUGUAGAGGGCACCUUGCGGAGUAUCCAGAAAAAUGACAGAAGCCUGACAGAAGUCAACCUCAACAACAUCAAGGACAUACCCAUUCCCACAUUGAAAGAGAUCUUUGAGGCGAUGAAACAAAACUCUUCUGUGGAGACACUGAGCAUUGCUGCUACUCGUAGCAAUGACCCUGUGGCCUAUGCUGUUGCUGAGAUGCUUCAUGACAACACUACCCUUCAGAGUCUUAACAUUGAGUCCAACUUUAUCACUGGAGAGGGUAUGAUGGCUAUUGUCAAGGCCCUGGCCAACAAUACAACACUACUGGAGCUCAAGAUAGAUAACCAGAGACAGAAACUGGGAGACUCAGUGGAGAUGGAGAUAGCCACCAUGUUGGAGAACAACUCCAGCAUCAUUAAGUUUGGAUAUCAUUUCACCCAGCAGGGGCCCCGCGCCAGAGCAGGCAUGGCUGUCACCAGGAACAACGACAUCCUUCGCCAACAGAGAGUAGGAUGAAGGAAGAGGAACAACAUCCCCCUCUUUCUCUUGGCUAUAAAUUCAGCCCUUGGAGAUUCUGACUGUGAAAGACUGCCCUUGACAUCCUUGUGCUAGCUUUGACAGUGGGGUGCAACGAAGCUCACAAAAGUCCUCAUCACAUGCUUGGAUUAUAGCUACACAACUUAUAAACAACAUCGAGAAGAGCCAAAUAUUAUUUUUUUCCUUCUACAUUAACUGCAUUCUGUAGAACAUUAAACUCAAUCAUAAAGCAUGUACAGUUCAUCUAAA